AUGCAAAGCGGGCGGGUGUCAGGUGAGGUGGGGAAGGUGAGUACGGGUGCGAGGGCGUCCCAUGCGGAUCGAGGAGAGCGCAAUGCAAUAGCGUUUUCAUUUGGCCCACUUUUGCAAGCAAAAGCUGAUCACACUCCACGAUCGGGUAUGCCAGGCUUCACAUGGGCACAUUCUUGGCCGCCGCAUGCCCAACCGGCCUGA